AUGAUUACCUACAACUUCCAUUACCUUGUUGCUCAGGUGUCACCAAGAGAACGACAAACGGUCAUUGAUGGGUUCUUCAGCCCUAUUUCCGCAAAAAAUGGGAUGCAGCUACAACACAUUAACGAAUCAAAGAAGAGCCACUAUUUCUGUGGAGUUAAUGGAAAUGAUGCGGUUUUGGUCGACAACACUGGGCAUGAAACUACUGACUUGAUGCAAAUCGAUGAGCUUAUUCAGGCAGUGCCAACGCAUCCAAUAUCUACCACUAACAUAUGCUUCGGAGAGCAAGGUUUACCAAAUUUGCGUGUCGUUCCGGAUACUCGAAGCACUCGAAAUACGACUAUUCAAGCUAAAAACUCGAAAAAAGCCAACAAAGUACUAUAUGCAAAAGAUCCUUCUACUGUCUAUGCUGGAGGCGUAAGGUUGCAGUCCAUUAAGCUGGCGCGAUCGAUCCAUGAUGUCCUGGGAGACCUGAACAACAGUCCAGAUUCAGUUUAUCGUCAAGAAGGAGCAACCGUGGCGCUUGUGGAGCUUAUCGGAACGUUGUGUUCGCCUAUGAUCUAUCGAAGCUAUUGUUGGGAGUUUACCGUGCGCGAUCCUACGACGGUGGACUUCGCACGCAGAUACUCUGUGGCAAAAUCCUCUAGUCUCGAUGAUUCGAAUAAAUAUUUGGCUGGAGCGAGCACGCUUUUGUGUUGCAUGUAUGACAUCGAUGGCUCUGUUGACCAAGAUUCAUUAGAAAGAGAUGAAAUCGUCCGAAUUAUGGGUAUCAUAAAAUAUGAGCCUAUUUCACAAAUGCAGUGCGUGGCUAUUCGAAGCGCUUCUGUGGAUGAAAUUAGGAUGACAAUUCAAGGCAUUUAUCGCGGCUAUAACGGAUCACCUGUAAUGCGACAUCAAUGAAAGGCUUCUAGAUUUGGCGCAACCGUACACAGUUAUCUAGCACAUUAUUUUUUCAUCUUUAUUGUCUCUGCAAGCUUUAAAUAUAACAACUAUACUCUCUGAAUAUUUGUUACUGCAAACUUGUUACAAUGUUAUUGCAAACUUGUUACAA